CCACCACACGCGCGCACUCACACACCCACCCACACACGUCUGUCAGAUAGAUCGCAGCAAACAUGAUGAUAUAUCCCAUCUUUGUUCCCCUCCCUCUACCAGGAGAGCAAAUUCCUCGACCUGGAGCCACUCGAAAGCUUAUAAAGUCCUGUCUUUCGAAAGGGUGGAAUCGAAUCCAAAAAGACAUUUUACCAGCAUGCAAAGCGAAGCGGUGCGUUGGCCGGUUCAGACCUUCCUUAUCUGAGAAGGAUGUGAGCGCAAAGCGGAAUCAAGUCAUUCGCUGCGGUGGAAAAUAUAUACGAUUAUGAGGGAACGUUUUCUGAACUCUCGCUCUCACCGUCCCCCUCCAUCUAUGCACCAUCAAUCCCUUUUUCCUUUGGAGUUUGGCCGGCGUUCUGGGGUGGAUUUUGCGGACACGGAUUCUACGGACACACCAUUUCCUUCUCCUACUCACAAGAUUUACUGUUUUCCCUCGGUGCUUACCAUCCACUCAUUUCUCAAUCUUUCCUACACCCUUACCUUUGAGUUGUAACUUAGCUUAGUUCGGACGUGGUGAAUUAUGCUCUCAGUAUUGUCGUGGAAAAGGGACAGUUGCUUGAAUUCCAUGGUAGUAUAAUACGAAUUGGAGCUAUCGAGACACCG